AUGUCAGCAACUUAAACUUAACAUUUGAUUUUUGGGUCAACUUGGCCAUAAGAAAAUAUGAUCAUUAAGUACUGUUCUAUACAACAGAGUUUUUAGAAAGUUCCUAUUAACACUGGAUUAAAGGUAUAUAAAUUUUAAAUCAUUCUUAGAUCAAUAAUUGGUCAUGUGCCAUUCCUUAUAAAGAUAAUGAGAUUCUAAUAACAGGUGGAUUGGGAAAUACCAAUAAAAUAAUCUCAAAUGAUGUUUAUAUAUUUAACACAUAAACUAAUUAGGUAAGUAAUUUAACGCAUUUUAGUUAAGUCAAUUUGGUUAAUUCACACAAUCUAGAUAUGUUCAUUAAUGUGUAAAUCAUAAUGAUAAAAUAUAUAUAUUGGGAGGAAGACAAUAUGGUCCAGAUUUUGAGAGUGUUCUAUCACAUUGUGAAGUAUAUGAUGGAGGUGUAUGGAAGGUAUUUCUAUUUGAAUUAUUAUAGACUAUUUCACCUAUGACAAAGAGGAGAUCUAAUUUUGGAGUAUUUUUAUAUAAUGAUCAAAUUUAUUGCAUCGGUGGAUUCGAUGGAAAAAAAAAUACAAAGUCUAUAGAAUACUAUGAUGAAGCCAAAAAUAUUUGGGUGAGAAGUAAAUUAAGAAUGCCAAGAGGAUUGGCAGGAUUUCAUUUGAUUCCUUUAGAAAAUGAAAAAAUAAUGAUUGUUGGAGGAAUGACAUUAUAAGGACCAUCAUAAGCUUGUAUAGUCUUAAACCUUAAAAGUAAUUAAAAACUUUAUUAUAUCCUUUAGAUAAUACAUGUAUUUCAUAUUCAUAAUUGAAUUAAAUUAGAUCUCUAUUUCAUAUGUUCAGAGAUGAAUUUGGUAAUUAUAUUGUAUAUGGUGGAAUGAAUAAAUAAAAUACUUUUGAAUUAUUCAAUUUUGAAAAUAAAAUAUGGGAAGAAUUUCUAAUAAAUAUGGAUGAUAAUGUUCAAGAAAUCUUAAAUUAGAAUUUAAGAGGAAUGUCAUCAGUUUAAUAAAUUUGUAGAGUUGAAAAUUACUAAUAAAUUAUCUAAUAAAAAUAAUUAUUACAAAUUUAACCAGAUGAUGUAGUUUUUAUUUUUGGAAAUGAUGAAUAUCCAUUUAUACUACCUAUUCCAAAAUCACCAACAGAACAUUUGAAUCCAUUAGAAGUUCCUACUUCUUUAUGUAUGUAUUCAUAUAUGAGUGUCUGCUCUAUUGAUGCAGAAUUGCCAAAUUGUAGAUAAAUUCUAUUAGCAGGUGGCAUAGAUUCUAAAAUAUCAUAAAUUAAUAAGAAGGCUUAUUUAGUUACAAUAAUAUUUCCAGAAAUGAAGGUCAAAGUCAAAAAAGUGGGAAAGUUGAGUUAUCAUAGAUAUGCAGCUUCAUGUGUUUACAAUGCUCCAUAUGUAUAUUUUAUAGGAGGAAGAGGAUAUUAAAAUGAUGUUUUAUCAUUACACAGUACUGUAGAGAGAUUCAAUAUUGAUGAAGAAGAAUGGGAUUAAAUUGCUCCAUUAAAUGAGGCAAAAUGUUCAAUGACAGCUAAUGUAAUUGGAGAGAAAAUCUAUGUCUUUGGAGGAUAUAUUGGAGAAGGUACAUUUAUUAUAUUAUAAAUGUAGGACAAAUUUCACAUAAAAUAGAAUGUUAUAAUGAAUAAUCUUAAGAAUGGGAUGUAUUGAAUAUUGAGUUGCCAUUCUCUUUGGAAGGGUUAUCAUCCAUAGUUAUAGAUGAUUAAGAUUUAUUCAUCUUUGGAGGUAAAGGGUUUGAUGGUAGUAAGAAAGAAAUCAUAAGAUUCAAUUUAGAUGAUUUAGAAUCUAAUCAGAAUGUUUCAGGGUAUAUUCUUAUAAAUAAUCAAUAGAUAAAUAGUAGGAGCACUUUAAUAUUCUAGAUCAUUGCCUAAACCAAUUUUACUUGAUGAUAAGAAUGUCUUGAUUAUUGGAGGUUAUUUCUUUGACAAUCCAGAAAUCAAUUUUGGAGAGAUGUUUAAUUUUGAUAACCCUGGAGAUUCCAAUAAUGAAUAUGCGAAUCAAAUAGAACUAGCAAUCUUAUAGAUGGGAGCCAAUGAUUCCAUCAACUUAUUCAGCAUAACUAAUUGA